AUGUCAUGUUUUGACUUUCGCUUUAAGCUGUACCCCAACGGGACCCUGAGGAUCAACAGUGUGGAGGUGUAUGAUAACCACUUGUACAUGUGUCGGAGCCAGACGGAAGCCGGGAGGGUGGAGGGCCGGGCCAGGGUCUUCGUACUUGAGAAGCUGAAGUUCACCCCCACCCCCCAGCCCUCCCAGUGUCUGGAGUUGGACAAGGAGAGCACUGUGCAGUGCUCCGCCAAGGGCCGCGAGACCCCCACCAUCCAGUGGACCAAAGCAGAUGGCAGUGAGCUGUCGGAGCAUGUAGUCCAGACCGGCGGCGUACUCACCUUCGCAAAGGUGACGAGGGACGACGCGGGCAACUACACCUGCCUGGCAUCCAACAGCCUGCAGGGCCAGAUCACAGCCUCCGUGCAGCUCACCGUAGCAGUGUAUAUAACAUUUAAUAUGGAGCCGGAGCACACCACUGUUUACCAGGGCCACACAGCCAUUCUGCACUGCCAGGCCACCGGCGACCCCCAGCCCUUUAUCCAGUGGAAGAAGAAAGACAAGUUCCUGGAGCCUCGCAAGAGCAGGUUUCAGAAGAUGGCCAACGGUUCUCUGGUCAUCCAAGACGUGAGCGUGGAGGAUACGGGAAGCUACACAUGCAUCGCUGGCAACAGCUGCAAUAUCGGCCACACAUCGGCAGAGCUCUACGUUGUAGAGAAGCCUGUGCACCACUCGUUGGAGGAGGACGAAAAGGCGCCCUAUAAGAUGAUCCAGACAAUCGGCCUAUCGGUGGGCGCCGCCGUGGCCUACAUCAUCAUCGUCCUGGGCCUGAUGUUCUACUGCAAGAAGAGACGGAACGCCAAGCGACUCAAGGGCCCCGAAGGAGAGGAGACUGAGACUGAGCGCCUCAACGGGGGCACGGUGCAGACCAAUGGACAGGCCACUGCUGAGAUCCAGGAGGAGGUGGCACUGACCAACAUGGGCACCACGGCCAGCAGUGCCAACAACAAGCGCCAUAGCAGCCACGACAAAGGGCACUACCCCCGCGCCAACCUGACCACCAUCAGCACUCUGGGGAAAGGCGAGUUUGGCGAGGUGUUCCUGGCCAAAGCCAAGGGCCUCAUGUCGGCAGGAGGAGGAGACGGUGAGGAUGAGGAGGAGACAGUGGUGCUGGUGAAGAGUCUGCAGACGCGGGAGGAGACGCUACAGCUGGAGUUCCGUCGCGAGGUGGAGAUGUUCGGCAAGCUGGGCCACCCCAACCUGGCGCGCCUACUGGGCAUGUGCAGGGAAGCCGAGCCCCACUACCUCAUACUGGAGUACGCUGAAAUGGGGGACCUGAAGCAAUACCUCAAGAUGUCCAAGAACAAGGAGGAGAAACCCAAGUCCCAUCACCUCAGCACCAAGCAGAAGGUGGGGGUGUGUCUGCAGGUUGCCCGGGGGAUGGAGCAUCUAUCCAAUCAGCGCUUCGUCCACAAGGACCUAGCCACCCGCAACUGUCUGAUCAGCGCGAAGAGGCAGGUCAAGGUGUCUGCACUGGGGCUCAGCAAAGAUGUCUACAACGAUGAGUACUAUCACUACCGGCAAGUGUGGAUCCCACUGCGCUGGCUGCCCAGCGAGGCCGUGUUCGAGGACGACUACUCCACCAAGACGGACGUGUGGUCCUUCGGCGUGCUCAUGUGGGAGGUGUUUAGCCUGGGAGAGCUGCCGCACGCUGCGCUCGACCACGACAAGGUCCUCGAAGAGCUGAGGGAGGGCCGGGGGAAGCUGCCCCUGCCCCAGGGCUGUCCUUCCCGGGUGUACAAGCUGAUGACGCGCUGCUGGGCCUCCAGCCCCAAGGACCGCUCCUGCUUUAGCGACAUCGUCUCUGCCCUCAGCGAACUGCCCUCCGAGAGCAAGGUGUAAACACACGGCCCAGGUGCACAGUGUGUGUGUGUGUGUGUAAGGGUAUGAAUGUGUUAGGAAUUUCGGGGGGGGAGGUGACAAGUGUGUGAGUGUGUCUGUGUGUGAGAGCGGUUGUGUACAAAUGGGAUUACAUUUGUGAGGAUGACGUGAUUAAGUCCAUACACACACAAACCUGUGGAUCAGUGUGUAUGUGAAGGAUGUAUACAGGUGUUGGUGUAUAUGAGUGUGUGUGCGCGCGAGCAUGCAUGUAUUGGCCUUUUGAGUUUGUGUGUCUCGCACUCCAGGACUAUCCUACUCUGCCUUGUUGGCGUCUGUAGGAAUGCAUAUUUCUUACUUUGGUCCCAAAUGAGAGAAGAGAUCAACAUCCAAUGAGCUUCUCCUUCACGUCUCUAUGGAUUAAAGUGACACUUUUUUACAAUGAGGACUUAUAAUUGUGCCUUAGCAGGUCGAAUGGCGUCUUAACAUUUCAUCUAGAAACUAAUGGCAGUUAACGUUGGCACGGUUUUCACCCCAAUUGGAUCUUUUCUGUUACUCAUGUUUGCGAAUGGACAAGACAAAAUUGACAUUUUCUGCCCAGAGCCAAAGUGGACAUUAAGGUACAACCUCUUCAGGAGUAAAAAUCUAAUGCGUCUCACCCUGUUAGAUAUUAUCAGAAUAAGUUAAAGGGCCAGCGGUGGCAUUAUUGAACUUUACUUUGAAGUUUAGCUGGAGUGUGGACGGAAUCAACACUCACAACACUAGUUUUCCUUGCCUUGAAGGUAAAUCUUUGGUUGAUGUAAAGUAUAGUCGUGACAGUAUAUGGACCAUGAAUUAGCUUCAACAUGCUAUUUUGGAGUUAAGGUAACUGAGCAUCUAAGCUGUAGCAUUAUAGGCUAGCUAUUUUACAAAGGCCACCCAUGAACAGUUUUGUACUCCUAUCAAAGAUGUCUGAAUGUUACUGCUCCAUUUGCCUAUCAAUCAUCCAAUCCUAUCGUCUGAUUCUAUUGCAACCUGAGCUUUUCCAAUCAGAGUGGGAGAAACCUUUCUUUGUAGACCUUCGUCGAAUAGUGCUUUGUAUACAUGCUUAAUACAUGCACUGAUCACAACUAUAUCUUUUUGUAUUCUAGAAGGAUUGUUUCGGAGACCUGUUAACUUAUUUUCAAGGUCCUGUUUUGUAUGUUUUUAAUGUAUAGAAAGGUCCUAAGCUUCUUUGAUAUCAUUUGUUUAUGUGCAAGGCAUUUUAUGAUGUGUGGAAUAAUUCAUUUAAGUCAUUUAUUGAACCCCCAAAAAAUGGAAUGAAGGUUCUCUCCUGAAUUUUUGAAAAAAAAAUUGUAAGUGCCUGACAAAUGAAGGACUUUGCAUCAGAUUGCUGUCUUGCUAUUGUUUUAAUAUUUACUUUUUUUACUUGAACAUUUUUAUACAUUGCAGUUUUUUUUGUUUUUAUGUACAAAAUCCAUCUUUCAUCUGAACUGUAGCAAUUUGUGUAUUGGUUCUAUUUUAAGUAUGUUUAAAAAAAAAACACAUAAUAGCCAUGGCAUAUACAUGGCGCUGGUCCAAUAAAAUAUUUUUGUUGUUGUAAAUGUG